AUGACGGCGCGCGCGGGACGCGCGGCGAACGAGACGCGGCGCGCGACGACGACGCGGACGAAGGCGAAGCGCGCGGCGUCGCCGAGACGCGGGGCGAAGCGCGCGAAGACGAAGCGCGCGGACGGCUCGGGAGGGACGCUCGGACGAUUGAAUCUGCUGACGCGGACGACGGCGCGCGGGACGGCGGCGGCGGUGGUACCGGUGGCGCGCGAGGGCGUCGCGGCGAACGCGGCGCGAGUGACGGCGAAUCGAGGCGAUCGACGCGCGCGGGACGUCGAGGAGACGCCGGAGGUCGAGGACGACGUCGCCGCGGACGAUAUCGACGACGACGCCGCGAGCGCGUCGAGCGCGGAGGAGGACGCGGCGCCGCGCGCGAUGGGGCAGGAGAACGUGGAAUCGAACGCGCCGGGUGGGCUGGGCGCGUUGGCCAUGUUGCCGAAGAUGUCCUCGCCGACGUUCGCGCCGCGUUCGAGCGUGGGGGCGUCGAUGACGUCGCAGCGAAACCGCUCGCGCAACACCGGUUCGCUCACGACGCGCCUACAACGCGUGUUGCAAAACGCUCGAGCGUCGCACGCGCAGUUCUUGAAGCGCGUCGGCGCCGCGCAACCUCCGUCGUCGCGAGGCGCGCUGCUGUUCACCGUGAACGCGUCGCGGCCCGACGCGUCGCUGACGAAUUGCGCGGGAUCGAUUUGCGAUUUACACCGCGCGACGAGCGAUGAGACGGACGGCGCCGACGUCGAAUACGCGCGCGCCGUCGUGAUUUUCAACUCGACGCAAGCGCAAGAGCUCAGUCUCGAGCCCGGUCGUCGAGUCGCCGUGUACCCUCCGUGGCGCGAGAUCGACCUGCCCGGGCGCGUCGACGAAACCACUUCCGCCGUGAACGAAGACGUGCCGCGCGUCUUCUUGUGCUGCGAAAACGUUCUGAGACUCGAUUGA